UUAAUUAAUAUUUAUAUGGAUAUCGAUGAAUUAUUAGAUGAGAUAGAUCUCAACAACGAGUAUAAGCCCUCUAAUUCAAAAGAUAGAAAUAGAAGGUCAUUUAUAGAUCCACCGUAAAUAGAAUUAUUUAAUGAAGGAAAUUUGAGACUUAAAAAAUUUCAAACGAUCCAUAUGAAUUUGAUAGUAUUCUUAAAGCAUCAGAUUCUCCUAUUGAGAAAUAAUAAUCCUUUGUUUCACGUUAAAGACCCUAAACAGCUAUCAUUGAUGAAUCUAAAAAGCAGAAAAUGGCAGAUUUAUUUUAAUUACCAAAGCCAAAUGUAAUAAAAGAUUAACCGCUUACCUAAUCAAUAGAAGAAUCCAAUAAUAAUAAUAAUGAUCUAUUAUAGACAUAAAGCAGAAGAGGGAAAAUGAGAAUGCUCUCUUAAAAUAAAGGAUAACCUUAGAGAAGUGAUAUGAAUUCAAGUUAAGACCCUAUUAUUAAUUACAAUUAAUAAUUUGAAAUUGAAAAAUAAUCUGUUUAAUCAGAUUAUUCAAUCAAAUAAAAUAAAUAACCUGAAAUUGCAUUCAAUCUUAACAACAAUUAGUUAAAUAAUACAAAUAAUAAUCUCAAUAAUGUUAAUUUAUAAAAAUUGUAAGAUGAAUUAUAAUAGUUAAAAUAAGAAAAAGAAAAAUUAAAUCAAGAAAUUUAGUAGAUAAAAAAUGAAAAAGAUAGAUUAUCAGAUGAAUUAGAUAUAGAAAAGAGGGAGAGAAUAAAAUUGUUUUAGGAUAAAUAAGAUCUUGAAAAAGUAUUUAUAAAAGAAAAAGAAUACAUGAAAUUAGAUUUUGAGAGAGAGAAAUAAAGAAUAAUAGAUACAUCAAAAUUAGAAGUACUAUAUAAAUUAAUUUAUUUUAGAAUGAAAUUCUUAAAUAGCAAUUAGGGGAGUAAAAGUAAUUAGAUCAUUUAGCUGAAAAAAUAAAUGUGAGUGCCAAAGAAUUGGAAUUGUUGAAAAAUUAGUUAUAUUAAAAGAAUGAAUAAUAGACUUAAGAUAAAAUUAAAUAGCUUGAUAGCAAAUAAAAUGAGAUAAAAGAAAAAGAGUCUUAAUUAGAGAAAGAGAGAUCAUAUUUAGAAAAUGAAAAAAGAAGAUUAACAAACUUACAAGAUGAUAUAAGCAGAAGAGAAUAAUUAUUUUAAGCAUCAGUAGAUGGUGAAAAGAAAUCAUUAUAAAGUGAAAAAUAACUUUUAUAGGAUAUAAAAGAAUCAUUGAGAAAUUUGGAAUUGGAAACUAAGAAAAGAUUAGAAUAAGAAAACUUAUUAUUAUAAAGAUAGAAGUAACUAUCGUAUUUAUUAGUAUAGAAAUGAAUUUGAGAUUCAUAAAAAUGAAUUGAAUUCUUAAGCUCAAAGUAAAUUAAGACAAUUAGAUGUAGACAGAUAAAUUUUUGAAUAGCAAAAAUUAGAAUAUACUGAGUUUACAUAAAAGAAUAAUGAAAUUAUUUAAUAAAGGUAUGCAGAUAUUGAAAAACAGUAGUAAAAAAUUGGUGCUAAAGAAAUGCAACUUAUAGCUUAAUAAAGAGAUUUGGAUAUGAAAAAUAACUAAGUUUCAAGUUUGCAUGCUGAAUACACAAGAAAAUUGGCUUUGGUUGAAAAUGAAAGAUAAUUAUUAUUAGGAAAGUUAAAAGAAAUAAAUGAUAAAGAAUAAUUUUAUUAAUAAGAAAUUACAAAUAUAUAGGAGUUUAAAUAAUAAUAUCAAUAAGAAAAAGAAUAAAUUCAAAAGUAAAAGAUUGAGCUUAGUUCACAAUAAUCAAUGAAUUAAUAAGAUAAAAUUUAAAUUGAGUAAGAAAAGAGUCAAUUGAAUAUGAUGCAUAAAACAUUAUCUCAUUUAAGAUAAGAAAUUACUUAAAAUACUCUAUAAGGUUUCUCUUAAACUGCAGCAUAAAUUCCACCACGAUAAAGUUCAAAGAAUAAAAUAGAGAAACCUAGAUCUGCAUCAAAAAUCCCUUUAAAUAAUAAUACAAAUCCUUCAAUAAAUUAAUCAUCAUAAAAUUUUGAUGUCGCAAGUUAUAUGAAAUUUUUAAAGAAUGUUGAUUAUUUACAUUGA